AGUGAAAAGUUCAAGAUUAUCCAGCAAGAGAGACUUGAUCAGCUUAAAGAGGAGCACAAGGAAUCUGUAAAGUCUAAAAGUGACAGAGUAAAAGAGCUCUCAAAGGAGACGAAUCGCAGGAGAAGGUAAGCAAUAGUACUUGAGGAAAAAAUGUCUUUUAAUCAUUAUUUCAAAUCAAAAUGGCAUUUUUUAAACUUUUUUCUUGCUUUUAAAGGCAGUUGAUUGCAAUCUUAUUAUGGAUUUGGCUUAGGUUAAAAAAGGAGGUCACCCCUUGAACAGAUUGUCAUUAUGCUUAAAGCCUUUACACACUCACUGAGUUUUGUCACAAUGCUCACUACUGAUUGUUUGGAAAUAUAUUCUUUGUGUAAACAAAUGCACUGCCAGUUUUUCAGUAUAAGAGGGUGAUAUGCACCUUUAUAGUGCAUGCCUCUUAUAUGUGAUUGCAUAGCUAACUAGGAUGUAUUCAAACAAUAAACAAGCAAUCCUUUUCCAGUCAAUGGAUCGACCCCAAUAAGCAUUUAUCAGAGGAUCACAUUGUGCUCACUUCCCAAGACCGAGCCAGUUGAGAUGACUUAAAAUCAACUGCUUUUCGGUUGACUGAUGAUGAUGAUGAUGAUGAUCGUAUCAAAUUUUUUCCCUUAUGGUAGAGCUCUUGAGGAAAGAAAAAAAGAGCAACAAGAAAAUGAAGAAAAGACAAGAGAAGAGGUAUUAGCUAAGAGAAAACAGGAACAGCAAGAGGCGACACAGCGAUUCCAGAAGGACACCUUGCAAAAGAAAAAACCUACACAAAACACUACAGAUGGAUCAGAUAAAGGUACAAUUCAUUAAUUUUUAUUUUUUCUUCUUUUUAUUAUUUUUUUGAAACGUGUGUGACGGCCAUUUGACCAGGAAUCCAAGACUGUCUGGGAUUCCGGAUUCCGGGUACUGGAUUCCAGUCUUUGUCAGUGGAACUUGAAUUCCGGAUUCUAUUGGUUAGUGGGAUUCCGGAUUCUUUGAGCUGUAUUCCGGAUUUUAAAACUCAGGACUUCGGAUUCCACUAGCAAAAAUUUCCCACCUUCCAGAGUUGGGAUUCCCUUCCCUAGGCCAUCAGGUUCGUCAAUAUGACUCAUUUACAAUUUUCCUCAUUUACACUGCCACUUUGGUAUGUCUUGGCAAACUGGCCAUACAAUUCUUCACAAGAAUGCCCUUACUAUUUUAAUUGAACACGCUGUAAUGCAUUCACUUCCGUAAUUUAGACAAACAGCCAUGUUGUGAAAUCACAGAAAACGGUAAAAGUUUUUUGAUAGUGGAAAGUGCACUUAGCUCAUUCAGCUAGUUUACAGGCACUUCACUCCUUAGCAAUAAUUAGACAAAAUAAUUCUGAUAUGACAUAACAGGAAUAAAAACCGUAACUGGCAGAAGGCAAUAAGUUGGCUGUAUUUACAAGAGUGACAGAGGUUUGUACUCGGGACAGCUGAAAACAAAUCCAGCAGAUGGCCAGAGGGGGAUUCUAACCCAGAACCACUAGAUUGUUAGUCUGACAUCCUGAUCAGGCUUGUCUAUCUCAUAAGUCUACCUCAUAAGGCCAUUCAAACAAAUGUGAAUACAUGAUUAACACUGAAAGUAGAGUUAAAAAUUUAAUAUACACAAGAGUUGGUGACUUGUCAUGGCCCUAUAAAGGAAAUAACCAUGUUAGGCCUGGAAAUGAUUUUUUUUCUUAGUAGGUAGAUACCAGGUCAUUGACUUAAUUGACUGUUCAAAUCCCCUAUAAUACAUGGCUGUUAUGUCCCAGAUUUCUUUUUUACAUGUACCUCGGUUUUAGAACUUUUUCUUUGUUUUGUAUCAUAAGUUUUCCUAGGUUUCAUUGUGUUUACCUCUUUGCUUUCUUUGUUUUACAUCAACCUUGCGUUUUACACUGAGACUGAGUUGAAAUUUUGCAUAAGUUGUUGUUUUCAAAUGCAGCCCUCCCAGGAGUAUUUAAAAACAUAAGUUGAGAAAAGCAAAAAGGUGGAUUAUGGGGAAUUUCGAAGUAGAGAAUAGGACAAACCAGAAAAGUUGCAGCACAUACAUUAUGUUAACUUUUUGUUUCUUUUUAUUUCUGGUGAUAGUUUGGAUGAUAUCAGUAAAGUUGUUCAGUUUCAAUAUCGUCGUUUGACCCAGAUCAUUUUUAAAAUGACCCAAUUAAAAAUGCCAUGUGGGACAUGUGCCCCACUUUGACUGAUGUUUAGAUUGAACACUGUAUACUUAAGACUGUCAUUCUUAGGGAAAGACUUGCAUUUAUUACAUGCAAAUCUUCACCUAAGAAAGACAGUCUUUAGUAUUUUGAUCUGCUUAGUCAUCACUUCCAUGAUAUUUGGCCAUCCCACCAAUAUGGCCAAAUUCUUUUAGCCCAUAUAAUUAUAUAAGUGGCUCUUUUAACAGGUCCUUGUAAGCCAUAGAUGAAUUAAGCUGAAACUGUUGGUGUUUUUUAGAGCCAGUUGCUGUGCGAGAUGGCCGCUAUGUAGUGAGAGGUCACGUGGUGGAAGUGAGAGAUGGGAAGCAGGUGGCACAUGCUACAUCACAGGACACCCAACUUAGGCAACAGCAGGGUGGAGUAGAACUACAGUCGUGGAGAAGUGAAAUGCUACCAAAGUACGAGUUUCCAUCAAGACAUAACGAAUAUUUCAAUGGUGUUACUAACGGUGGAAUUUUGUAUGCAAUGAAUAAUUUGGGAAACGAAGGAAAGCUAUAUUCUUCACAGCCAGGUUUUGACCCAUAUUGUCCACCUGGGAACCGAGUGGGCCUUGAAGCAGGUGGAAAAAUGGGUGGAUUAACAGAGAAUGGCUCUGUAAGCGAUACGCUGACAGUAGAAGAGCAAGAGAGGUUGCGAGCAGAUGCCAUUUCAAAGGGUGGACCAAAGCUCGCGUUUAUUAAGGACGAGUCACAAAAGGAACCUCCUGAAGGAGCUUUACCAUGUAUCAUGGGAAGGGACUCUCCUGGAGGGAGCAUCACUAGCUUAGAUAGCCUGGAUGAAGUUCCUAACAAAGGUCAAGAGUCAGGUUCCAUUAGCAGGGCUGGAAUCAUAUCAAAAGGAAGUAAAGAUGCAAGCAAGUUUGCCGGAAAGAGAAGAGUCACAUUUUCUGACAGCAUCGAGUUUGAUGAUGGCGUAACCGGGCAGCUUGUCACCGAGGAAAAGCAAAGUACAAAGGUGUAUACAAUGUUGUACGCUCGAAAUGUUAAUAACUAUUAUAACAUGCCGCCAUCCACGAGCUCUACUUCAACCUCAGUAAAAUCCUUAGCAAGCCAGAAGGGAACUAAAAAUGCCGCGAUGACAUCAGUGGAACAAACGCUGACGGAGCAAAAUAAUACUAGCGCAGCAUUUAGUGCAGUGAAGGCUGUCGAUAGAGAGCCAUCAGUAGUGACUGUUGUACACAGUGAUCAGCCAAAAGCUAAACCUGUUGCUCUUGUUAGUUAUCGCCCAGCCAAACCUGAGACGACACAGUUUUCUUUAAGGCAGGAGAAUGUUGCAAAAGGAAUAGCAUCAGGGCAAGAGACUUACAGUAAAGACACGGACAAACCUGUGGAUGAAGCUAAUUUUGUUAGUGGUCAGUCGCUCAAUGACAGCUUAGAGAUCAUUAGAGACAGCUUGGAUGAGAAGGACAGCUCUUCUGUGGCACGGCAAGAGGACGAGGAAUGCAGUAAUGAGAGUGCAGUGACCUGGACUAUAGGCACAUCGUCAUUGAAAGACUCUCUGGAAAGAUACGUGAAAAGCACCGCGGAAAGCACUGCGGAAGAACUUAUUGAUGGAGCUUCAUGUAAUGGUGGUCGAGGUAACGAGAGGGAUAAUGGCUUUGCUCCUAAUCCAUCAGAAGAGAAUAAUAGAAGUUUAUCCCCUCAUCUCACCAGUGAUACGGAUAGAGUGGCUGUCGUUGGCUCCAGAGAGGAGACGGCGAAAGGUUUUGUUUCUAAACCUCUGGAGGGUAAGGGAUCUGGAUAUCUUAAUUCAGGAUACGUGGCAUAUCCAUCUCCAGUCUUAUCUUCAUACCAACAUUAUCGACCUGUUAACUCCAGUCCAGCCCCUGCUGUGUUCACUUCUCCGUACGCUUAUCAACAAAAUGCAAAUGCAUUCAGCGGUGUGCAGUCCCAGGGAACAUUGCAUCAGAACUUCCCCUAUACUUUCUCCACCAGUGCUGGAUUAAUGGGAAUGAGUCCAGCAAGGCAAGAGCACGUGAGUUUGGAGAGCACACCCAUUCCGUACGCUUCACAGCUUGCUGCAACAGAUUAUCGUGUUGUGGGUAGAGAGGUCGUGCAGUCAGUCGAGUCCCAGAACAAUCAUGUCCUAGCCUCAUCCUCUUCUAUCGGGCAUGCUGCAAACAGAGUUAACACUGACCCAACAGGUGGUACAGGAGUAAAAACAGCAGGAACAUCGGCUGUUGAAGUACAAACUGAAAGGAGUAGCGCUGUUACUUGUAGAAAAAAGCAUUCAUCGUCACCUUCAUCAAAUGCAUCAACCUCCUCAUCAGGGCGUCGGUCUCCAAGGUCGUUCAUUCCAAGACCUCCAGCCACGAAAAAAUCUGGCAGAGGUCGCGUGUAUCCAGGUGGUCACUACAGAAAACAAAUCACUGCUCGUCCACGGAAGGCAGUCAACAGCUCCCCUGUGACAGCAGGUGGUGGACAGGGAUUGAAAUCUAAAAGAGUGCUUACUAAUAACAAUGACAUUAACCAGACGGAACAUGGUGUCGGAAGGCGCAACUCACCUUCACCAAGAUCAGGGAAAGGCAAGAGUGGGAGGACUCAACCGAAGCGAUCAAACAGCAGUGAAAGUGAGAGUCCUGAUCAUGAUGGUAUUAUUGAAGGAAUAAAGCGCAACAUGGAGAUGAUGAACAUGAGAGCAAGAACAACAGCGGCCGAGGAGCAACAUCGGAGGAUUUUGGAUUCUCUGAGGUUGGACUUUGGUGACGAGAAGCACGACAAGUCGUCCGCGCAGGCAUACCCUGCUCAUGGAGCGCCUUACGGAGAGAAUAACGGUGUGGCCGAUAAAAUUGUUGUAAAACACGAUGGCACCACUCGACGAGUCCACCAUCCCCGUGUGGGUUCAGCGGGGUCCCGUUCAGGCAGACCCUCUGCAGGCGGAACUACCAGAAUCGAUUCCGGUGAAAGCAGCUAUAAACUAAGUGGGUAUCAAGGAGAGAGACCUGCAGGCAGCAACAUGAGAUUGGAUGCUACUAAUGGUGAACAUUAUCAACCAACAGGCUUCCGAGGUAGCAGACCUCCCUCUGGUCCUAACACCAGGCUCGAUUCUGCCAGUGCCGGUUACUACCAUUCAGUUUCAUCAAGAGAAGGAAGACCUGCUGUGGGUAAAGGCGUCAGGAUGGAUUUUGCUAAUGACAACUACCACUCCGGUUUCGAUGGAUAUUCUAGGAGUGGAAGACCAGUAGGAACUGAAGCAAUAGCUGUGCAAACAGUUCCUGAAGAUGGUUUCGAAGGAAUAAUUCAAAGACCUGCUCCAGUUUUAAGUCAACGGCAGAUCUACCAGGAAGGGAGACACGAUUACCCAACAUCAAGUGUUGCGCAUCCCAUUAUAGGGCAAGACCGCGAACAGUCCGCACAAGCAAGAGACGUUAAUUUGUAUGGAAGGGAGGCCAGCGACCUUAAUAGGUCUAUAUCUUUGGAGAAAACACCCACAGAUGAUGAAAUUAACCAUCUUUGGGCGCACGUUCGCUCUUACCUUCAUAGCGGAAGUAAAAAAUCUGUGGGUUCAGACUCGUGCGUUAACAGAGUUGACGUACGCCGUUCUAGGACGCGGUCUAGUUCAACGCAGCGGGAGUUUGUUCAGCCCACUGCUCCGCAGCAAAACACACGAGGUGGCCAGCUAAGCAAGCCUGGGCAACAAUUUCUUGGAGUGUCUCCCCAAGCUGGCGGUAGUACGCUUGGAGGGCUGCGUCGAUAUGGCUCUCAUGAGGUUCUCAGACGGGACAGCUCUUCAGAAAGUCUGUCAAUUAAGAGGCCGCCAUUGCUGCAGCACCGCGCGUCAAGAAACAGACGAUUCCAGGGUCAAAAUGGCAGACCGCCAUUACCGAGACAAAACGAGCAUAAACCGUUACCGAGUCAGGCUGGACCCAGCGCGUCAGUAUCUACUAGAGGUAACUUAAUUCAAUUUUCGCACAACCAUCUUGUACCACAUACCCAUGAUGAUGUACGUACCACCCACUGACUGUCGCAUUUUUUGACAGCUAGCAAUAUAGCUUUUGACUAGUAGCCAAGAGUGUGUGGUAACUUGAGUAGUAAUUAAGCAAUUUUUACCCGAAGUAAUCAAGAGAGCGUCUCAUGGCAUGCACGCGAUAUAUUUCAUUGCCGCAAGAUCUUCAUCAACAUCCAUGUGAAACGCUUUGUUUGUUAUAGUUGGGGGCCCACAGCCAUUGUCGCCAGCUGAAAUGCAAGCCGUGAUGAUGGCCUCUGAGAAAGAAAUGCUUCACAGAUAUCAACAAGCGGAGUUUGCUGAGAUGCCGUCUUAUCAACAGUUCCAAGGUGUGCCGAGCAGGGCAGGUCAGUAAGCCCACCACUUUUCACUGCUUAGCUAUACCUUAUCUCACAGCAGCCUCCAUAAUCUCUGUCAUCUGUGGUGUGAUGUAAUCUAAUAAGUACCUGAUCUCUGUUGUGUUACUUAAUAAUCCGUUUACCGUUUGUCGAUAGCUUUGCUUCUGCCAGAACCAUCUCUGCCCAAAUUUAGGCCAGUUUCUAGUUGUCCCAAACCUCUGUUUCAAAGCGAGGCUAAUUUCGAAGCUAUUGAUCACUUAUAGAAACGAUUUUCUAUUCUCAUGCAAAUAAAACUCAUUCUCAUAACAAAGGUUUUGCUUAGCCACGCUUUGAAAGUGAGAGUUUUUGUAACUCGGAACUGUCCUAUUCCCGCAGCCCUGCAGAGAUGUAAGUAUUGCACCAGUGAAAAAUUUUCGUAGUCAUUGUUUUGCUUUUAUCGUUAGGUCCCAGUGCUCUCUCACUGGAGGAGCAAAGGUUACUGCAGUCUUUGGAUCGUUUGAACGAAAGGCUCAGAGGUAUUGUUGAUGUUACAGCAAGGAACCCAAAAGAGUGACCUCCUUUAAUCAACUCACAUUCUUUCAUGCAGACAUUAACGAAUGAGAAGUCGAGGACAGUUUCCAACUGGCUUCUGAUUGGAUUAAAUCUGUACGAAAGAAUAUGAAUAAAUCAAAAGCGGACACACUUUUUGGGCUCAAAUUUGUAUUCUGUUUUUUUGGUGAACCCAUGACACGACUAUGCCUAUUGUAUUGCUACGGUGUGUGAUUGGCUAUAAAGUCGUCCGUUAUGAGCCAGAGUAAUUAUUUGGGUUUUGGUGUGACAAAAAACUGUUCUACUAAAGCGCUUUACUCUGGACAAGUAAUACAAGGCAGCUAUUAACCAAUAGGCCUUUCUAAAAAAUGCCGCAAUACUCUUAAAUCUGUGGGCUCCGCCUCUCGUGGGUGUAAUUAUUUCAUUGCCCUCUGGAAUGGCAAGUUCGUGUAAGAAGUUUUCUCUUGAACACACCUUCUUCAGUGAUUAAAUGAACCUUUAAAGUUGAUUGUGAAUUAAAACAAGUGUAACAUACGCUUCUACACGAAAAAAACAUUAGAACUAACACACUUUUAAGCCAACACUUGAACCUUGGCGUUUGUAUGCAAAUGUGCGUAUUACCAGGGUUCGUACAGAGUCUUGAAUUCUCGAAAAAGUCUUGAAAUUUGCCCGGCAAUUUUCCAGACUUGGAAAAAAAUUCCGGAAAAUAGGGAUAAAGCUAAGACCAGUGCUUUAAAAGUGAAUUUUUUUUCGUGUUGGUCAAAUCUUGUUCAAUCUCGUCUCUACAUUUGCAGCGCAUCAUUGAAAAAGCUUUGUUCCUGCGUUUUUUUAAGGUCUCUAUUAAUCAACUAUUUGAUAACCUUGAGUCUGGAAGAAGUCUCUAAUUUUGUAUCCAAGAAUCUGUACGAACCCUGUAUUACCCAAAUUGUUGACCAGUUUAUACGUGGUGCGUCCGUCUGGUAUGAGCGUCCUUCUAAAUAUACGACGCUGAAGAUUAUGAUGGUAUUUUUUGGAAAGGCCUGUCCCAAAUGAAACCAGAACUGAGACUCCUAUCGCCCUAUGUAAGGGAAUUCAAGACAUUCUUGGAUUGUGGAUUCCGGAUUCCAGGUACUCGAUCCGGAUUUUUUUUGUCAGUGGAACUUGGAUACCGAGUUUCAAUCGUUUGCGGGAUUCCGGAUUCCUUGAGCUGAAUUGCAGAUUACAAAGCCCAGGUUUCCGAAUUCCGAAGCAAAAAUUGGUUGGAUUCCGGUUUCAGCAAGUAAAAAUUUAAUUUCCUGGGCCGGGUUGUUCAAAGAAGGGUUAAGAUAACCCAGGGUUAGUGCAAAAUUUGAAUUUAGAUAUCAAAGCUUAAAAAGCAAAAUCAGUGUUAUUAUUUUUUUCUACAGCUUAAUGAUUGGAUGGCCUAAAAAGAAUAGAGAAAAUAAUCCGGGAAAAUGCUUUUGAACAAACGAAAAAGAAACCUGGGUUAAACUUUAACCCUGGGUUAGCGCUAUUCGGCCUUCGAACAACUGGGCCUUUCCUGGAUUCCGGUUUCCACAAGUGAAAAUUUGUUGGGUUCCGGACUGAUCCGGAUUGCCUUAAAAGGGGUAACUCCUAGUACUAUGGAUAUUUAGUAUCAAGAGUAGCACAGUUUUGAGAUUUAAUGUUUCUGUAUGUACUUCGGGAUUUUUUUUGUGAUUUAAGUAUCCUUGUAUUUUCAGCUCAAGAAGAAAUGACUAAAGCCAUUUCACAGAAGCCCAGAAUGAAAGAUAGCGGACUCCGAAAGGCACAACAGGUACAGAGAGAAAACGUCAUUCACUGUUAAUCAUAAAAAAAGCACUCGGGUUCGGCUUUAUUUAACAGCUAUAGCAAGCGUUCAUGGUUUAGAUAAGACUGAGCAGAGAAACUAGGACAGUCAGCUGGAGAAUGACGAGUGGUCACAAAGAAACGAAAAAAGUGUACUGCCUACAAUACUCACAGUGUUACUUUUGUUCUAUUUUAGAGUGGUCGAACUACUGCUGGAUCUCGACAAACCGCCCAAAAUGGCCCGGCACACAGCUCCAACAGAAGCCUGCUACACACCAGAUAGCGAGUGGAUACUGCAUGACAGCUGUAACAGUCAGUCGCCAGUACUGGAUGAAGCGGGCAACCUCCCAAAUAAGCCGAUCAGAUUCUUGCCACGCAAUCAUCUCCUACUAG